UACAACAGCAGCCAGAUUCACGCGGCGGCCCAAGAACGCCGGCGGCGCCUGCUGCUGCGGUUCCGGCUGGCUGCGCGGCUAUGCCGGCUCAAGGCACAGGAGAAGGAGCCCCUGGAGAAGCUCAAGGAGCUGUUCGCCGAGUCCACCACGGGCAUCGACCGGCUGGUGGUCAUCGAGAACCGCUGGCGCUUCUGGAUAUUCUGCACCGUGUACGUCGUCUUCUUCGUCGUCACCGUCAUCAGCAUCGGAAAAACGCUUCAAAACCAUUUCGAAUACCGCGACAUCGUGUCCAUAUCAAUGACCGAAGGCAACAGUCUUCAACUCCCCGCCGUCACGUUCUGCAACCUGAACCCGCUCAGGGCCUCGGCUGUGUGUUCGGCCGACACACUGGGACUGAUCAACGGUACCAUAAGAAACAUCCUCUGCGAUCAGACAGGACCCAUGGACAUUGCCGCAGUACAUAACUUCACGACCGAGGAGUUGUACCCGUUUUUAAACGUCGCUCGGAAAUACAACAACAGCCAGACACUGCUCACUCUUGGACACACUAAGCAGAGGAUGGUCCUGAACUGCACCGUCAAGGGAGAGAGCUGCCUGGAUGACAGCAUGUACGAACCCAGCACGAAUCCCACCUUCGGUCUGUGCUACUGCAUCUUCUGCUCAAACUACAACGCCUCGAAGAUCUCCUAUCAAGCAAGCAACUUGCCUGUCGACGGCUUGACUCUGGUUCUGGACAUCGAGAGGGACGAGUACCUGCGCUCCAGCAGCGAGAUGGGUAUGAUCAUAAUGGUGCACAGACGCGGGGUAACCCCCGACCCCAACGAGGACGGCAUGUACCUGUCUCCCUACAUGACCACCUACAUCGGCAUCGAGAUGAGGAUGAUGGAGCGCCUUCCAGCCCCGUACAAAGACCGUUGCGUCACCAUGUGGCCUGCCAUGUGGCAGAAGUACGUCGCAACAGACCAGACUUAUUUCCAGCAGAUGUGCUUCUCGAUAUGCUCGCAAGUUCUCAUCCGCAACAAAUGUGGUUGCAUGAGCGAGGAACUUCCACAGCUUCGCAAUGUCACGGGCUCGUCCAACGUAAUGUGCAGGAACGACGAGCAAAGUAGAAUGUGCUCCGAAGAAAUAUUGGCAGACACGUCUUACAGAAGCCUCAAGAAAUGCGACUGCCCUUUGAAGUGCAGCCAAGAAAUUUACAAGACGUCCAUAUCAAGGACUGGGUGGACUCAGCGUCUCUGGUCUGGGAAAGCCAAAGGCAAGCUGCAAAACAGAGCGCUGGUCAAAGCCGUCAUCUACUUCGAGUCGAUCAUCGUGGAAAAAAUCACGCAAGUUCCGGAACUCAGCGACGCGACCACAUUGAGCAACGUCGGAGGCUUCAUGGGGAUGUACCUGGGCCUCUCGUUCCUAGUCAUCUUCGAGAUUUUGGAGAUAUUCGUGCGCUGGUUCAUCUAUCUCUACCGAAGGCGGCGCGCAUCGGUCGCGCCGCAGCCAGAGGAACCCACAGCGAGCACUGCGGCGUGGCAUAGGCACGCCAACAAGGCGAUCCAGGCCGCGCGCGGCGGCGCCGCCGACGACGACAAGGGCUGGACCAAGGAGCGGUCCAUCUGGGAGAUCUUGAAGGACCCUCGCGUGAAAACCACGGCCGGCGGUCUCGUCGCACUUCGGAGACCGUCCGGUGCACCGCAGUACGGCUACUUCGACUCGUCCGACUGGAAGAGCUCCGCCGACGAGGCGUUCGGGCCAUUCAACCCGCUCUUCCUGCACCGAAGUUUCAGGCCGCAGGCGUUUUACUAGCGAGUUUAAGCCUAGCGCGUUCGCAUUCCGUUUCUGGUUUCACGGGAACACACGUGGCUAUACACGU